CUUAAUUGUUCCUGUUGAGAAAAAUGUCAUCCGUACCGAAGUACCAGUAACUAUUCUAGGCAACAAUGAUGAUAGUCCCAUAAAUUUUUUCUAUAUUGAUGAAUUCACGUAUUCUGCCGAAGUCGGUCCGCCCAAUUUUGAUGUGCUGAUUGGAUGUGAUUGUGAACCGGGCCAAUGUGGAAAAGCUGGCAGAAGAUGCGCAUGCUUGGAAGAGAAUAAUUUUAAGCCUUAUUAUCAUAAAGGUGGAAAACCUACUUUAAAUCCCUCCACAAUAAUCCAAGAAUGCAAUUCCGCCUGCUUAUGUGGUCCAAAGUGUUCGAACCGAGUAAUUCAACACGGCAGACAGAUUCCUCUCGAAAUAUACGACACUGGAAUCACCGGAUGGGGUGUUAAAUCAUCUAUAGACAUACCAACGAACACAUUUAUCGACAUAUACACCGGACACGUAAUCACGAAACAGGAAUCAGAAAGAUUGGCAGAAAAAUACAGUGCAAUGGGUAAAUCGUAUCUUUUUGAUUUGGACUUUAUCGAACCUGCGCAUUACACUAUCGAUGCGUUCUAUCAAGGAAAUGUCACGAGAUUUUUCAAUCAUAGCUGCGAUCCGAAUCUGGUCGUGUAUAUGGUGAUGACCGAUAACCAAAAUAUAUAUAUGCCGAAUAUCGCGUUCUUUUCUCGGCGUCAUAUCAAAGCUGGCGAGGAAUUGACCUUUGAUUAUAUAAGAUUACGCGAGAAAAAAGAAAUGAAUUUGAUGAAGGAGAAGAAUCGUAAUUGGAAUCCGAAUAAGGUUGUCUUACAACCGGGGGAAAUUUUGUGCAAGUGUGGGGCAAACAGUUGUCGAAAAGUUAUUCAAAUGUGA